GGUGUACCGUAACUCGACUCGGGGCCUCGGGCACGCUCCUCCUACUCCUUCCCGUUUCCCUGGGAGGCGGAGGCGGCCUGGCCUGAACACGAACCUUUCGCGAGCCGCCGCCGAUCUGCUCCUCCUGACCGCGUAGCCAUGAGGCUCCUCCUCCUCGCCGCCUUCGUCCUCUGGGCGGCGGCGGCGGCGGCGUCCAUGCCACCCCUCGACACCCUCGGCAUCCCCCCGCAAGACGAGGCGUACUACAGGGGCGGCGUGAUCAAGUGCAGGGACGGAUCGGGCAGGUUCACCAGGGACAAGCUCAACGAUGACUUCUGCGACUGCCCCGACGGUACCGACGAGCCUGGGACAUCGGCGUGCCCGGAGGGGAAAUUCUACUGCAAGAAUGCAGGCCAUACUCCAAUCACGAUCUUCUCAUCUCGAGUGAAUGACGGUAUUUGCGAUUGCUGUGAUGGGAGUGAUGAAUACGAUAGCAAUGUCACCUGUAAGAAUACUUGCUGGGAGGCUGGCAAGGCGGCAAGGGAGAAUUUGAAGAAGAAAGUGGCUACCUACAAAAGUGGUGCCAUUAUUCGGAAACAGGAAGUUGAAAGGGCAAAAGAGGCAUUAGCUAAAGAUGAAGCGGAGUUAGCAAAAUUGAAGGGUGAAGAGAAAUUACUCCAAGGGCUUGUUGACAAGCUCAAAGAGCAAAAGAGAUUAAUAGAGAAGGCAGAGGAAGAAGUGCGCUUAAGAAAAGAGAAGGAAGAAAAGAGACUAAAAGAUGAAGCUGAAAAGCAAGCCGCUGAUGAGAAGAAAGCACCAGAUGCUUCUCAGGGAGUAGAUUCUAAGGAAACUGAUGGGCAUGUCCAAGAAGAUGAAAGCAAGGUUACUGAACAACAUGAUGGACAUGCCACCAACCAUGAUAAUCAUGCACCGGAAAGUGAGACAUCUGUUGAGCAGCAUGGUUCUGGAAGCCAAGAUGAUAAUAGCAUUGAAGUUGGAACUGUAGAUGGAUCACCGCCGAAGGAGUCUGCAGCACCUACCAAAGAGCAGGAUCCUAGUUCUGACAAUCCUGAGGGUUUAUCAAGGGAGGAGUUAGGUCGUCUGGUAGCUUCUCGUUGGACUGGAGAAAAUGCAAAUGAGGUUAGUAAAGAGGAUAAGCAGGGGCAUGAUGAUGAGUAUGAAAUACCGGAACCUGCGGAAGAAGCACUUGAAGAUGAAUUAGAAAUACCAGAACCUGCAGAAGAAAAUUAUGCUGGUUAUCGUUCAGAAGUUGAGGAUGACAGGCACAAAUUUGAUGAUGAAGAGUAUGACAAUGAAUCAGAAGAUGAAUAUGUUGAUGAUCAUGAGAUUCAUGACGAACAUGUUGAAUCUUAUAAAUCUGAUGAUGAUCGGGAAGGUGAUCACCAUUCAGAUGUAACUGCAUCAGGACAAUCAUCAUGGCUGGACAAGAUUCAGCAAACUGUACAAAAUGUUUUCCAAAAAUUCAACUUUUUCAAGACCCCUGUGGAUUUAUCAGAGGCUUCUGGUGUUCGAAAGGAGUAUGAUGAUGCGAGCUCAAAGCUUUCAAAAAUUCAGUCUAAGAUAUCCACACUAACCGAGAAGCUAAAACACGAUUUUGGUAACGAGAAGGAGUUCUAUUACUUUUACGAUCAGUGCUUUGAGACCAAGGAGGGCAAGUAUCUUUACAAGGUCUGCCCAUACAAGAAAGCUUCACAAGCUGAAGGACACAGUUCCACUAACCUGGGGCGCUGGGACAAAUUUGAAGAAACCUAUAGAGUAAUGCGAUUUUCGAACGGGGACAGAUGCUGGAAUGGUCCUGACCGAAGCCUAAAGAUUAGGCUUAGAUGUGGGUUGAGUAAUGAGCUUAAUGAUGUCGAUGAGCCGAGCAGAUGCGAGUAUGCCGCUGUGUUGUCAACUCCCGCACUUUGCUCUGAAGAGAAGCUGAAGGAGCUACAAAACAAACUUGAUGCCAUGUCUUCAAACCAGCCCGACCAUGAUGAGCUCUAGACUAUUCUGGUCUGAUGGCAUAAUAAAAUAUCAUCAGGAAGCAUAACCCUCACAGUUAGUUCAUAACCAUAAGAGAGGUUGAGAAGGCGUAUGAAGUUAUGAACAGAAAAGGACAAAGCUGGAGUUCUUAAAUGGUUCAGAUCGCCACCUAGGCAACGUUAACUUGGCUAGGUUUUUUUUUUUUUUUUUUUUUUUGGGGAUCUGAAUGGUAGGAUGUUGCAAUAUUCCGCCUCAUCCAGAUUUGUUGGUAGAGGCAGCUGCAACUGAGCUCUUCUUUUUUGUUUGACAAUUUAUCUAGCUAUUUAGGUAAAGAUGCUAGACUGUUGUUAGAGAUGAAAAGGGACUUGUCCCGUUC